GAGAUGAACGUAGCAGUAACGGCAAAGGCAGGAGCAACCAAACGCCUCGCCUCCUCCUUUGAAAGCAAUCCAUCGAUCGAUGCCGUUGCAACACCCGUCACUCCAAAGCCGCGUGUCGUUGUAGAGCGAAACGGCGCCGUUUUGAGCAAGUGGGUUUUAUUGCUGUGCCUCCUCAGCUCGAUUAGAUCAACUCACCUGGGUGCUGCGUGUGAAGAAAAGAAAAGAGAGAAAAACCGAAACAGAAACAUAAAAAGUAGCUGCCAAUUUCACGUUCUCAUUCUUCCAAAUUGAAACCUCAUUCCUCAAUCCACGAGUUUCUCGUGACCCUUCUCUCAUCAUCGUCAUCUUCGUGCCCUAAUCGAUUAUCUCGUUGCGGGUGCUGAUGAUUGAUUGAUUGGGCUAUAAAACGCUGCCACCGACCAUGAUCAACCAUUCAUAAACAAAGAGAGAAAAAAAGCUUUUUUUUGCUGGGUGGUUUUUUGUGUGCCCAAUAAUUUUGGAUUGUUUUGUUGUUUUUUUGCAUUUUCCGAUGACGUAUUACGAGAAUGACGGUGGUGAUCGGAGAGAAGAGGUGGUGCCGGACGUUACUCUCACCAUCCAAUCCGAUGAUAGCAAUGGGGACUAUGUGAAAUUGAGGGCCAACAACAACGACGGUUCUCCUCCGGGUGCGGCGGCGGAGCCUUCUCCGCCGACGAUAAGAGCCGCCGUGUGGUAUUGGGUGAAAUUGGUGGUGUUGUUUCUAUUCCUGGGGUUUUUGGCUGUGGUAGUGCUUGUCUGGGUCGGACCCUAUUUCAUAGACAAGGAGAUUAUUCCGAUUAUAAAUUGGGAGACAGAGACUUUCAGUACUCCAGUGUUAACUGUUUUGGUGUUUACAUCUGUGGCAGUAUUCCCCACCCUACUUUUGCCUUCUACCCCUUCCAUGUGGGUGGCUGGAAUGACAUUUGGUUAUGGCUUUGGGUUCUUGCUAAUUAUAUCUGCAGCAGCUAUUGGUGUAUCACUCCCUUUUGUCAUUGGCAAACUCUUCCACCAUAAAAUUGAAGGGUGGCUGGAGAAGUAUCCGAAAAAGGCUUCUAUUCUAAGAUCUGCUGGUGGAGGGAGCUGGUUUCAUCAGUUCCGGGCUGUUGCCUUUAUCAGAAUUUCCCCAUUCCCUUACUUAAUCUUCAACUAUUGUGCUGUGGCAACAAAUGUUAAGUAUGGGCCUUAUAUGGUAGGAUCCUUGGUAGGAAUGGUGCCGGAAAUAUUUGUUGCAAUCUAUACUGGAAUUUUGAUUCGGACAUUGGCUGAUGCUUCACAUGAAAAGCAUUCUCUAUCUGCCCCACAAAUUAUUCUCAACGUCGCCGGCUUCUGUAUAACGGUGGCGACAACCAUCUUUUUCACAGCUUAUGCUAGGAGACGGCUUGAUGAGUUACAAAGAGAGGAGGAGCCAUUGUUGCAGUAAGUCCAGAAGUUUUAGUCUGGCUUCGUUCGUUGUUUCCUUAUAUGAAGCAGUUCCUUACUAUGGGAGUGGUUUUAUGAGGAAACAUUAUUCCAUUGGAAGAGUUGACCGUCAAAUGUAUUGUAACUAGUGGGAAUUGGUUGACCAAGGAAAAGGAUAUUGGAGGAACAAGCUAACAUGACCGAAACCUAUGUUUAGUUCAGCAUUUCCAUUCCUUAUUCCUUAUAUAUGGUUCACAGAAAUUGUUUUAUUUGUUAGUGCUUCUAUCUCGUUUAUCAUUGUAUAUGAAUGAAAUGAAAUUCCCGGUUUACUAUAUAGCAUUGAUUUGAUUCCAAUACCUCAAUAUAUGUUGAUUUGCCAUAGACGUUCAAUUUUA